GAGUUAGUAUACGGACAUAAACGAGUUAACGACAUUGUUCUUCUUCGGGGGCUGUGUGUCUUCUGAGUCUUUCUGUGGGAGAAAUCAAGAGAAGAGAAGGACUAAGCCGCUUUUACCUCUUUAUUUUCUUAGCAACUGUCAAUUAUACUAGAGGAUGGCCAGUACACGAAAGAAACUUGUAAUCGUUGGUGAUGGAGCAUGUGGUAAAACAUGCUUACUCAUUGUCUUUUCAAAAGAUCAGUUCCCUGAAGUAUAUGUUCCUACUGUUUUUGAAAAUUAUGUUGCUGAUAUUGAAGUAGAUGGAAAAUGUGUGGAACUUGCUUUGUGGGAUACUGCUGGUCAGGAGGACUAUGACAGGCUACGUCCUCUGUCAUAUCCAGACACUGAUGUUAUCCUUAUGUGUUUUUCGAUUGAUAGUCCAGAUUCUUUGGAAAAUAUCCCUGAGAAAUGGACUCCUGAAGUGAGACACUUCUGUCCAACAGUUCCCAUCGUUUUGGUUGGAAAUAAGAAAGAUCUACGCUAUGAUGAAGGCACACGCCGGGAACUCUCAAAAUCAAAGCAGGAACCGGUAAAAACGGAAGAAGGCCGUGCCAUGGCUGAUAAGAUUGGGGCCUACAAUUAUUUGGAGUGCUCAGCCAAACUGAAUGAGGGGGUUCGAGAAGUUUUUGAAACAGCAACCCGAGCUGCUUUGGCAACAAAAAAGAAGAAGAAAGGGAAAUGCAAUCUUCUUUAAAUGAUUUCAUUUGUUUGUGAACUUAAGUACUUAUUUAACAAUACACACCGUAUUUUCAUUAAUUAUUCAUUCUUGUAUGUUAGACGUAAUUAUUUGUACACUUAAAAUUAGGUAGUUUAGCCGUGCAUACAUGUGUAUAAUAAUUUAAUAUCUGUUUUGGUGUGUAUUAGUUAUUUCUUUGACAGUUAUGUUAAUUUUAAAUUGAAAAGUAGCCUCUUAACAUGACAAAUUCUACUG